UUUCUGCAUUUGGUCUAGUGGUUAGCAUCAUCAUGGCUGUGCUAUUGGGCCAUGGCCACGGCCACUGCCACGGCCAAGCUUUCGCAUGGAAGUUGAUCGUUCCUUAGGUGGUGCUCUAAAGCCAACAGAUAUUGACACAUUAUGGGUUCAUGUCACUUGUGCUUGGUUUCGGCCUGAAGUGGCUUUUGCUAGUGAUGAGAAGAUGGAGCCUGCUUUGGGUAUUCUUAGUAUUCCGUCAAGUUCUUUUGUUAAGAUGCUGCAAUUGUCUGAGUUUCAUUCUAAUGCUGUAGUUCCUAUCAAACCCAAAAAACCUUCCUUAAAAGAAAGGAAGCAGAAGUUGCUUACAUUUUUGCAAGAGAAGUAUGAACCGGUUUGUGUUAAGUGGACUACAGAACGAUGUGCUGUUUGCAGAUGGGUUGAAGAUUGGGACUACAACAAAAUUAUCAUUUGCAACAGAUGUCAAAUAGCUGUUCAUCAAGAAUGCUACGGUGCAAGGAAUGUUAGAGACUUCACAUCAUGGGUUUGUAAAGCUUGUGAAACACCUGAAAUUAAACGGGAGUGUUGUCUUUGCCCGUAAAAGGUGGGUGGUGCUCUAAAGCCAACAGAUAUUGACACAUUAUGGGUUCAUGUCACUUGUGCUUGGUUUCGGCCUGAAGUGGCUUUUGCUAGUGAUGAGAAGAUGGAGCCUGCUUUGGGUAUUCUUAGUAUUCCGUCAAGUUCUUUUGUUAAGAUUUGUGUUAUUUGUAAGCAAAUUCAUGGUUCAUGCACACAAUGUUGCAAGUGUUCUACUUAUUUCCAUGCCAUGUGUGCAUCAAGGGCUGGCUACCGAAUGGAGUUGCACAUUUCGGAGAAAAAUGGUAAACAGACAACAAAAAUGGUUUCCUAUUGUGCUUAUCACAGGGCUCCCAAUCCAGACACUGUUUUGAUUAUGCAAACCCCCCUUGGGGUCAUUUCAACUAAAAGUCUUCUACAAACUAAGAAAAAAACGGGUUCCAGGCUAAUUUCCUCUAGAAGAACAAAGGUAGAAGAAACCCCUCAAGCAGAUGAUACUGAACAUGAGCCAUUCUCUGCCGCUAGAUGUCGAAUCUUUCAAAGAACAAACUACACUAAAAAGAAAUCAGCAGCUGAUGCCGUUCCUCAUCGUGUGAGGGGUCCCUAUCAUCAUCCUUUAGAUGCAAUACAGAGUUUGAAUGCUCCCAAAGUGGUACAGGAGCCUCAGGCAUUUUCUUCUUUUAGAGAGCGCCUUUACCACUUACAGAGAACCGAAAAUGAAAGGGUUUGCUUUGGUAGAUCAGGCAUUCAUGGAUGGGGACUUUUUGCACGUAGAAAUAUUCAAGAAGGAGAAAUGGUUCUUGAAUAUCGUGGUGAACAAGUGAGACGUAGCAUUGCGGAUCUCAGGGAGGCACGCUAUAGAUUAGAAGGGACAGACUGCUAUCUAUUUAAGAUAAGUGAAGAAGUGGUAGUAGAUGCCACUGAUAAAGGAAAUAUAGCAAGGCUAAUUAACCAUUCUUGUAUGCCAAAUUGCUAUGCAAGGAUCAUGAGUGUAGGUGAUGAUGAGAGCCGGAUCGCACUCAUUGCCAAGACUGAUGUAACGGCUGGCGAUGAGCUAACGUAUGACUACUUGUUUGAUCCUGAUGAGCCAGAUGAAUUUAAAGUCCCUUGUUUAUGCAAAGCUCCGAACUGCCGCAAGUUCAUGAAUUAGGACUAUAAUAUACACAGAUCAGGAUGACAUUAUUGUUUCUCCACAAGGAGCCUAACCCAUCCCCUUCAUUAGUGGGAACCUCAUAGUUAACCUAAGCUGUAAUUUUAAACAAACCAUAGGUACAGGAAAGAAAACAGAAAAGUGGAAAAAAAAUUUUUCUUUUAAUUUUUCCCAAUUUCUUAGUGUUUGAUUUUCUUGGAAUUAUGGCGCUGAAUAAAAGCCGUAGUGGCUUUAGGCUCUUGGCGUUUUGUAAAUGGGACUCAUAAUAUUGCUUCGUUCUAUAAAAGCUAGUGCAAGCCUCAGUAUAUUUCGUAUGUAU